AUGGCACUUAUUGUUAAAAUGCUACCGGAUACGGAAAUAAUGGGUGAUCUUACAGAUAAAUUCAAUGCAUUUCCCAAAGAAAUUCUUCUUUAUGCAAAAAUAAUUCCUGCAUUAGAAGAGAUUUGGAUGAAGGCGGGUUAUCCCGUUGAAUUUGGACCAAAGAUGUAUUUUACUGCAGAAAAUCCAAAAAGUGUAAUUGUUAUGGAUGACCUCAAAGCGUUGGGGUAUAAAAUGGUUCCACGACAGAUGGGAUUGAGUUUGGAAGAAGGAAAGACCGUUUUGGCAAAAUUGGCCAAAUUUCACGCAGCUUCUGUAAUUUACUACGAUCAGAAUGGAUUGAAUUAUGAUUUACUAAAAGAGGGGACCGUUCGGAAGAAUGUGAAAAAUGAAUUGGAGACAUAUUACAACGCAAUGUAUAAUGCUUACAAAAUAAGUCAAGCUGAAAGCACUACAUUCAACGUCUUGAAUCAUGGAGAUGCCUGGACUAACAAUUUAAUGUUUAACUACCAAAAUGAACAUCCUGAAGUUCUUUGCGUGGAUUAUCAGCUUUCUUCUUGGGCAUCACCAGCUAUUGAUUUACUUUAUUUUCUGAUUUGUGCCAUGAAUCCUGAUACAUUAGUUAAGCACUUUGACGAUAUGAUCAAAUUCUAUCAUAAAGAGCUUUCAAGUAAUUUUGUGAAGCUUCAAAAACCUGAAAAAAUCCCUACGCUGGAGGAAAUCGAGAAAGUAAUUCGUCGUAAAGGUUUCCUUGGUGGAAUGUGGAUAAUUGAAACAGUUCCCCUUAUUAAUGCUAAUUCCGACUUUGUACUGGAUCUUCCAGCUGUAUUUGAGGGUAGCGAAAAGGAUUUUGGGAAUAAACGUGAAGAAAGUAUUGAAAGGAAGUUGUAA